AUGGGCGACGGCGCAGUGGAUGUGACAGAGGAGACGCCAGAGUCCCUGGAGACGGUGCUGCAGAGCCUGCGGUGCCCCGGUUCGUGCGGCCGGCUGAUGGCGGCGCCCAUCCGGCUGUGCACGGAGGGCCACAGCGUGUGCGCGCGCCACCACCGCGGCGCCUGCCCGCUCUGCGGAGACCUGGUGCUCGAGCUGCGCGACUCGCGGCUCGAGGCGGUGGCGCGCGCGGUGCGCGACGCGCCCUGCCAGAACCGCGCGCGCGGCUGCCAGUACCGCGCGGGCCUCGACGCGCUCGUGCGCCACCAGCGCUGCUGCGACGCGCGCCUCGCGCCCUGCGCGCUGCCCGGCUGCGCGUGGCGCGCGCCUCCCCACCACCUGGCCGCGCACGUCGCCGACGCGCACGCUGAGCGCGCACUGCCCGCCGGCUGCCACCUGGACGCGGGCGCGCUCUUGCGCGUCGACCGCGGCCACCGGCUCAUCGUCGCCGACUCGGGAGACGUCUUCGUCUUCCGCUACCGGCUCGACUCGGGCGGCGCUCGCCUGCUCGCCGCACUGCACUACGUCGGCCUGCACGAGAACGCCUCCAACUUCCGGUUCAGCUUCGAACUGACGUCUGCAGCGGGCACUGUGAGGCAAGUGCUGCCUGUCGCACCGGCGCCCGAAGACGAACCUCUCCCGGAGGACGAACCCUUCUGCCUGGAGAAGAGUGCCAUAGUGGAAGGUGAAGAGCUGCACAGAAUUCUCAAUGACGCCGAUGUUAAAUGUGUUGUCAGAGUGAGGCAGGUGAAAUGCCUCAGUGCUCUUCCCAGCAGAAGGACUUCUGUGCCCUGGUUCUGACGACAGUGAUCAAAGACCGAAUAACUUUUGAAUUCAUUAUGGGAGUGACAGUGGUCAAUGUGUUAUAAAUAUUUACUAUCAAAAACAGUCUUGAUCACAAUUUAUAUGUUAUGGUGAAUGGUUCGACCACUACUGUGGUCAUCUUCAGACCAACAAGUAAGAACCUCCUUCUGCUGGAGAACCACUCACCAUAAUAAAUAAAUUGUGAUCAAGACUGUUUUUGAUAGUAAAGACCUAAUAACUAUCGGAAUGAGUGACACUUCUGAUUCCAGUAUGUCACCUGGAAUUAUUGUACCAGAUGACUUCUCAAUGAGUAAUGUCUCAAAUAACAGCUUUCCUGUACUCUUACAACAUGAAUGAUGCUCAGUUAUCUGGUAAUGCACCCAGUUCGAGGUCUGACAUACAAUUAUGUAUUUAUUAGGGAUAUUAGCAGUAGGAAUAAUAUGAAUGAAUGAUGUGAAAGAUCUCCUCCUUUUCCUCGCUACAGGAUGAUUCAUUUGCUGCUACCCAUAGUUUUUAUGCAAAUCGCAAUGUCUUCAAGUACCAUGCACAAAAUUUUCAUAUUUUCUCCCUUGCAGCAUCCAAACUAUUAGUGCUGUAGGACCUUUUUUGUAGCAAAUUUAGUUUAAUCAAAUUCUGUACUGUGAUACAUU